AUGGCACCUGUCACAGGCCCCGGCCGACUGAGGCCAGUGGUGUCUUUUGCAGUGCAAGUCGGUAUUCAGCGAGCGGCCUCCUUGGAUCACCCGAGCUUGCACAAGAUUGCCGAACGUCCAAUUCAGUGUAAGCAGCCGUCCAGACAUGGUCAUUUGAGACGCACAAACCCUCCAGAAGAGGAUGGAAACUAUAUCCUCCCCUUCUGCUUGAUGCAGAGGUACUUCCCACGACAGCACUUGCCUUCUGCCUUCUGCCGCUCCUCUGCCACUCCGCUGCCACUCACUCCCUCACCCAACGGCAGGGCAGGCACGCUCAACGUAGCAGGCACGCUCAACCCUCAUCGCCCUUCCGAAUUCUCCGACCUGCUUUCCCACUUCCCAACAUGCCGACAUCCAGGCAUCCAAGAGACACACCUUCUCAUCUCCAUCGUCAACCUACCCUCGCUGUCCAUUGAAUCCUUCGUCUGCAACCCAGACCCCCGGGCCAUCCACUGCAAGGCACCGGAACUCACACGUGUCUCGAGCCAUUCCAUCCCAGGCAGUUCGCUCUCGCAAUGGUAA